AUGCUGGCAAGGCGACUCGCCCAACUUGCGGCGCUCUGCCUCGCCGCAUCGCUCGCAAACGCUCAGGUCUUGAAGGCGACUAGGUUGCGGUCCUGCCUCGGCGGAGGGACACUGGUAGCUCCAGCGGAUCGCCAGCUCACCUUCACCAACCUCUACGCCCAGUUCGACCAGGGCCAGACGCGCGUGGGAGAGCAUGUCGGCGGCAUCAACCUCCAGUCCCUUCCCGAGCCGAUCUUCAACCAGGAGGGCGCGAUCCUGACGGGAACAGGCGACGUGCUGAGGGUCGUGUUGACGGGAACGACGGUGGCCGAGGCGCAGGGGUACAGCAACGACACGGGAUACCUCUCGACACUCGUCGUCGACAACCAGGUCCUCUCGUUCGAUGUCUUCAACAACAAGAGUGCGCUGUGUUCGGCGGUGCGCACGAACGAGGGCACGACGGGAACGACGACGAACGGUUCGUCGACGGUCCAGGAAUCGGGGUGUCCGUACAGCGGAGACAUCGGUCUCGGCUUCGUCGUCCCGCUCGCCAGCUCGUACCCCUUGACGACCAUCACAACCAACCUCGUCGCCCUCGAUCCGUCCCAAGAUGCACUCCAUCUUGCCUGCUACGACCUGUCCUUCACGCCCUAUUAUCCCGACUACUUCGCUUACCCCCUCGUCCGAUAUCUCAUCAUCGGCCUGCUCGCGCUGUACCUCCUCCUCUACUGUAUCGCCCGCUUCUACGCCUCCUUCACGACCUACCGCCAAGACAACGAAACGCACCUCGCCUCGUCGCUCACCCUUAAGCUCACCUCGCGCGACGCCGUCUCUUCCCGCCGAGCCGCCUUCCGCUCGAUUUGGUUCGGCGCAUGGGCCGGCAGGCAGGUCGUUGCGAGCGGGAGCUUGAGGCGGUAUGUCACGCCCGAGUUGAGGGAGUUGUUCACGCUUCUUGCGUGGUUCUCCCUUGUUGGGACCGUCGCAGUAGAUUGGCCGGGCUUCGCAUACCCCGUCUUCAAGCAAGCCGCCUGGACCGCCCUCGUCUACAACAACUCCCUACCCUUCACCUCUCCAGCCGCACCCGUUCUUCCGGAGAAUGGCACACUCCCACCCGCCUACGCCGCGCAGAUGACCGACGUCACUUCGCCUCUUUACCUCGACGCAACCCUCCCGAACGUCCUGCUCGACCUCGACCCCGAAAGCGACGGCAUCGAGCGCUGGGCUCGAAUGGUUGGCGUGCGCCACCAAGAUCCCUGGAGCGUCUGCGCGUUCACGUUCUUUGCGAUUUGCGCAGGCGUGAUCGGCGCGCAUGCGGUCUGGUACGCCUUGGCGGCGGCGUUGGAUGCGGUCGUGCCGAGCCGCCGAGCUCGCGCCGAACAGCGUCUUGCAGCGGAGGACAAGAAUGGUGUGGGCGGAGACGAAGGACUGCAGAAGGAGGCGGGGACGCGCGAGAGUUACGGCGCGGGCAGGCGCUCGGAAGGGUCGAUGGGGCGGUUCAUGGGCGAUGUCGAGUUUAUCGACGACGAGUACCUUGAGGAGCAGGGCGAGAUUGGGCGGGACAGAACCGACGAGUUGUACUCGACUUGGCGACUCCACCUCGCCAGCCUCGAAGGCAACCUCGUCCGCGCUCUCCUGUUCUUCCACCUCCCGCUCUGCCUCUUCUCCGUCUACCAGUUCACCCUCCACUCGACAUCGCCGACUUCGACCUUCGCCCUCGCUGUCGUCACCUUCGCCAUCGCCUGCGUCCUUGUCCCGCUCUGGCUCAUGUGGCAGCUGCACGUCAAGCCAGUCCGCGAGCUGUACACGCACCUCCCGACACUUCUCGCCCUCGGACCGCUCUACAACACCUACGCAGACGAAUGUGUGCUCUUCCCGGGCGUCACGUUCGGCUACAACCUGAUCGUCGGCAUCGUUAUUGGCGCCGUACAGGGAACCGGUACCGCCCAAGCCGCCGUCAUCCUCAUCUGCGAGGUCGCGCACACGCUCAUCACCUCACUUUGGUUGCCGUGGGGUGACCACUCGGCGAUGGGUCCACUCGCGUUCCUCUUCUCACUCGCGCGGAUCAUCAUCGCUGUCCUCCUCGUCGUCCUCUCGCCGACAGUCAACGUCUCGCCCUCGGCCGCCUCGUGGCUCACCUACAUCGUGUUCCUCGUCGAGGGACUCGUCCUCCUCCUUUUGAUCUGGGUCAUCGCGUUCAAGUUUCUCGAACUCGUCGUGCGGGUUCUCGGUGGCGUGCCAUUCGACGAGUCUCGCAGCUCGCGAGGAGGAGGCUUCUUCGGUGCGAUGCGCAAGCUUGAGCGGAGAAGCGGAGGCGGGGGCGGCAAGAAGCGGAGACGAGGCGAUCCUGCGGCGAGAUCGCAGGUGGCGCGUCAGCGGGCAGCAGAAGAGCGGCGGAGACGAAACCUUCAUCGUGAGCGGUUCGCUGGAGGGACACUGGGCGGCGUGAGCGACGCCUCCAGCGUCGGAACGCGCACGUACAUGCUGCCGAGCGCGGCGAGGAUGGCGGGACAUCCUGGCGCGGCGGGCUCGACGCUCUCGCUGCACGGCAACUCGCCCUUCCCGUCGAGCGGACUCGUUGAUGACGACGGGUUCAUCAUGUCCGCCAUGUCGUCGCAUGGUUGGGACUCGGCUUCGGAGGCUUCGUCGGCGAGACCAGGAUUCGUCAAGCCGGGUCACUACGCGAGCAGCGGUGCGGGAGGACCGAUCCUGCGAUCGGGGCCGCAGCACUGGGGCAGCCAGGUCAACGUCGCUUCGGCCGCUGCACCAGCGUCUGCCGUCGUCGUUGCAGCGUCGCCUCUCGCGGCGACUUCUCCUUCGCCGGCUGGCGGCUCUGGCUUCCAGCGCGUCGGCGGCGGCCGAGCGACGCACAACAAUCCUUACCAGCUCGCCGCAGGCGAGACCGCCUAUCCGCCGUACCCUGCUUCGUCAGCCGACAUGUACGGUCCGCGCCGUCCCUCGCACACUGCCGACCUCGCUCUCGCGCGGCACACCUCUCCGCUAGCCGACGGCGGUCCAGCGCAACGCCAGCCCUCUCGCCCCUCCCUGACGCUCCCCUCGACUUCCGCACUCCUGUCGAACUCUGUCUCCCCCGGCGGGCGCCUCGACGACGAACACAACCGGCGCCUCUCGACCCGCGUUCGAGCACGCCGAGCACGCCAAGGCGGUUUCUUCGGCCGGUUUAAGCGGCAGAGGGUGCAGUAUAGCGAUGAUGAGUAUACGGAUGAGACGGACGAGACGGAUGAGGAUGAGCCGCGCGUUGCGAGGAGGGGAGGAGGAGGGGUGUUUGCUGCGUUGCGUGGGAAGGGAGGACGAAGAGGGCGGAGAGGAGGAGGAGAGGAGAGCGAGAUGGUCGAGACUGGGUUUGGAGGCGGCGGAGGAGGCGAGGACGAACCGCCUUUUGAUUCGGUGCCCGGCGACUCGGGCGAGAAAGGCUUCUCGGUCGUUCGCAAACCCCGUCCGCGACCCGCCGCGCCAGCCGCCCAAUCCUCCGACGCACCUCGCUCGACGGACUUUGCCCAACACGAGCCGCUCCUCCCGAGUAGUGGUGGUCGACCCGACUCUGCUGCUUCGACGAGUCAGCCGCCUCAUGUGUCUGUCGAGGCGCCAAGUCGACCUGGCUCGUUGCGAGGGGAGGAGAUCGGUGAGGCGUGGGAGGAUGUGGAUGAGCGGGAGCAAGGGCGGACUUAG